UAAAUAUCUUAUAUGUGAAUUCAUAUUUGACUACAAUUGAACUCUUUGAUCAAGAAUGAAAAUCAAACCUUUUAUCUUCGUGUUUUUUCUUUGUUCACUAAUUAUCAUCUCUGUUAUCGCAAUUAGGCCAUCAAAAGAUGAGAAACAAUCUGGUGUAACUGAAGAAUCAAAGACAAAAUUUUUGGUAGAUAAGGAUGGAGGUCGAGGAGAAGGUGGACACGAUGGAGACUGGGGAGGGGGAAUGCAUAGCAAUGUAGAUUGGGAAACUUUAGAACAAGAAGGAUUCGGGGAAGAACCAGAAGAAGGAGGUUCAAGAGGAGGAGGAGAAAACGGCAAAUUUGGAGAAGGCGAAGGAUGGGAAAACGAAGGAGGAGGAGGAGGAGGAGAAGGAGGAGGAGGAGAAGAAGAAGAAGGGUUCAGCGAAUAUGAAGAGACCGGAGAAUAUCCUUGAAAACUAUAAGCAUGCAUGUGUGUGUUCAACUAGCUGUUAUACUUUCAAUCAUUAAUUGUGUAAUGUUCGAUAACUCAAUAGUGAUCAAAAUGCUAAAAUGACAUGAAGUAUUGUGUAAUGCUUAGGCGAUUUUUUAUGUCAAAUGAAGAAGUAUUGAAAAA